AUGAUGAUCCUCGGGAAAAGACCCCAGCAAGGCUCCCUCAAGGACAGGAUCAAAUUCCUUCUGUUCCUCUACGGAAUCAACCUCCACUUGCUCCUCGUCGGAAUCAUUCUCCACUUGCUCCUCUUCGGGAGCAUCCUAUACCUGCUCCUCGUCAAUCUCAUCCUGUGCCCGCUCCUCGUCAGUCUCAUCCUGUGCCCGUUCCACGUCGGUCUCAUCCCGUACCUGCUCCUCGGCGGACUCCCUCCGCACCUUAUCCUCCUCCAACUCACACUGUAUCUGGUGCACACCGUGCUUAUCCUCCGAUUGCUCCAAAGCCUAAACUCGCCCCUAAACCACGUCCAAAAGGUCCUGUUCAGUUCAUCAGGUUCAGGGGAGAACGAUCUUCCUCUCCUCAGGGAAAGAACUAAGCUCGCAGAAACGCCGUCCAACAUGAGACAGAUUUCGAGUAAAUGGGACCCUAUCAAGAUCCUACCAAGUAUACAUUUUCCAGUGCAAAUGGAAGACAUCCCACCCAAACGCUCACAAGGAAACAAUCGAGCCCCACCUCCUCAUCUUCAAGGUAGUCCUACAAUUCUGGCCAUGGAUGAAAUCCAGAAGGCGGUAAGGAGACAAAAGACCGAGACAAAACAUAAUCUGGGUUCACCGCUGGCUCGUAAUGAGGACCGAGUUAGGAAGAAGCAGCCAGAGCGGACGAAAGAGGAACUUCACAUCCGUCCUCUCGCUCCCGGUGGGAAGCUAAUCCAGUUGGCUCCAACAAGCACAAGCGUCACCCCGAGAUCACCGGCGAUAAAAAGCAGGACCGGUGUUAAAAAAAGCAAGGCACCUUUACCACCUCGGCAGAUCGAACCAACCUCGCGUUUGAGGACGUGAAACGACGAAAUUAUAUCUUUCGAAUGAAGAAGGCAGAAAAUAUUGAUGUUAAGUUACUGUAGGUCUGCUAUCAUCGCAUUUACUAGCGCUGCAUCGACGUCUUACAUGCUCCAUCAGUUUCUUCGAGCCGGGAUGUGUCACACAGGAAAACAUGUAAGAAACUUUGGAUCAGGAUUUACUCUUGGUGGCGCCUUUCGUGAAGAGACACAGGUGUCCCUUCGCGAACCAACAUGCAUGGGCUUUCUCCUUUUCAUGGACGUUCUUCAUUUGCUCAUUGUUUUCCCUCUCCCUGCAAGUCAGGUGUUAUAUUUGUGUCUAAAAUAAACCUCAC